AUGGGCCCGCCCGUGCAGCUGCGCGUGCUAGUGACGGGGAUACGCGUCAAGGAUGCGCGUCCCUACUUCCUUCAGCUUCAGACUCUGCGCUCGCGCGACUCGAAACCAAACCCCGUGAGCGUUGGCGAUGACCUCGUGGGACUGUCCCAGGCCGGAACCGCGGCGAGGACGGAGACCACGGAGGUCACCUCCGCGCCCGAGUUCACCAACCGAGCUUUCGUGAUGACCGUGCCGAGGGACCAGGCGGGAGGCCUGGUGCCGCAGGGCGCCGCGGACCUGCUCGGCGGCAGGGACUGGCCCGGAAACGACGAUGGUCCCGGGGUGGCCAUCGGCGACGGUCCUCCCGCGCUCCUGUGCCAGCUGUUCGCGCGCAAGACCGCGCUCAACAGCGCGAUGGGCCACGACAUCCUCUGCGGCACGGGGUACGUCGAGUUUUUCGGACCCACCGUGCAGCGCCUGCAGCGCGGCGAGGCGGUCAGCGUCAACGUCGCGCUGGAGUCUCCCGAGGGGAGGGACCCCGCGCAGCUCUCGCUUCAGAUCACCAUGCUCGACACCAACCUCGCGGGCGCCGUGGGCACGCGCGAUAAGCCGUCGGGCACGGGCCGGUCCCUUCGCGUCUCCGUGCUGGUCCACUCGGCGAAGAACCUACCGACGGACGAGGCUUCGGGCAGGGCGCCGGCCGCGUUCGUCGCGGCGAAAACGAUGCGAGAGGCUGCGGCGCGUCUACCGUCGAGGGCGGCGACGAGGGCGCUCAAGGGCGAGACGGAUCCCAUAUGGAACGAGGUUGUCACGGUUGAAGUCGGAGAAAAAGAGCUGGACCGAGAGAAGGUGCUCCUCGCCGUCGUAAACCACGACACCAACAAGCUGAUGGCCAAGGCGGCGAUACCCCUGCGCGCCCUGUCCGUGGGUAGGCACUAUAACCUGUCGCUGCAGCUCGGUAACGGCGCGAGCCUGAAUUGCACGGUGGUGAUGCCCAGCGCGCCCGAGCGCGAGCUGAAGACGCUCGAGCAAAAGUCGGGAACCACGAGGGUCGAGGCGAGCGUCAUGGGCAUCUCCGGCGGCGGCGACAACGGCGCGGGAUACGAGGGUCCGGUCACCGCGGUCUGGUCCCUCGCGUCGUCGGCGUCGUCCGCGAAGUCAGCGGGCGCCGGCAAAGUCAAGGUUUACACUUCCGUGAACGCCGGAAGCGAGGACAGCGUCGUGCAGGCGCUGUCGAGCAUCAGCGCGGAGAAGACCACGGACGUCGUGCCGACGCUUCAAGGGAGCAGCCUGUCGGGCCCGCCGUUGUGGCCGUCCGGUCACCGCGCCGCGUUUUACUGCUCGUCCAACGCCAUAUCCCACGGCGCCGCGAUCGUGCUCGAGCUGCACAACGGCGGCGGUAUGAUUGGCCGCGCGGUGAUGCCCACGGAUGACCUCGGCCCCGGUGGCAAGCCGAGCUCGUUGAACGACGUGCCCCUGGUGAGCCGCGGCGAGGAGGUCGGCCGGGUGACCGUCACCGCGCGCGUGUGGCCGCGUGACGAGCUCCUCCAGUCCAGGAAGAAGGAGGUUCAGGGAGGAUUCGACCCCGGCGGCGGGCUCGGCGUCGGCGGCGAGGGCGCCUGGAUGCUGAGCGCCAUGGCGACGGACAUGAUUGACAAGCAGGCUGCCCUGGACGACGCGCUCGCGAGGCUGGAGGCUUCCGAGCGCAGGGUUGAGAACCUCAAGUUUCGGUACCAGGAGGCUGAGGCGUCCAGGCAGCGCCUGGAGGGUGACAACGCGGAGCUCAGGCGGCUGCUGCACGAGGAGCGCAACGCGGACCCGGCUGCCGGGUUGCAGGCGCUGGGCCUCAACGGCGUCGACGACUUGAUGGAGGCGAAAGAUCGGCUUGGUCAGCUCGCGGCGAGGUACGCGCAGGAGAAGCGACGCAACGCCGAGCUCGUGCACCGACUCAAGGCUGUGCACGAGCAGACGGUCCAGGCGGAGCAGCUCAAGGGUAGGCACCUCGAGCUGCAGGAGGCGCACGCGGAGCUGAGCAGGUACCUUCAGAAGUGCGAGCGCGAGGCGGCGAGGGUCGGCAAGUGCCGCGCGACGAUCGAGAUGCAGGAGGGGAUCAUCGCGAGGCUCGAGGGGCUGCUGGAGCAGUCGGUGGUUGACGGACGAAGGCUCGCCGAGGCUGAGGCUGAGGCUUCGCGCCUCCGCGACGCCAACGCCAUGCUCCAGUCCGGUCCGGAUUACGAGGAGCUCGCGAUCCUCCGCGACGAGGUGAAGGACCUGCGACUGGCGUACCAGGAGCGGGAACGCGACCACCGAGACCUGCAGGCUGAGCGAGUCGCGCUCACGCUCAGGAGCGAAAAGGCGGAGGCGAACGCCAUCGCGAGCAACAACGAGAUGCUCGAGGUGUCCAGGCGCUGCGCGCGGGAAAUCGCGGGUCUUCGCGCCAAGCUCGCGGAGAAGGACGCGCAGCUCAUGGGCGGGUUCGGUUCCGUCAGCAACAUGAUCCUCCAAGAGUACGGUAAGGUCGGUCGUCUCACCACCAUGGAGCCGAUACACUCGCCCGACGGGGAUGUCACGGACCCAACACGACGGAUGGUGGGGAAUUCGCAACCCGACCUGAGAGGCGCAGCCGUCGAGCCGAGGCCCCCGUCGGGGUCGCCCGGCGGGUCGUCGAGGCCGGCGAGCGUCGGAAAGAUGUCGGGAGCGUCCCCGCCGGGAUCGAGGCGAGGGCCCUCGAGCGGCGGCUCGUCGUCCGGAUCCGGAUCGGGCCCGUCGUCGAGCUCGUCCGGUUCGGGUUCCUCCGGUUCCGGUUCCAGGCCCACGUCGAGCGUCGGUAAAAGCGGAGCUGGUUCGGCGUCGGCGUCGAGGCCGGGUUCGAGGCCCGCGACGGGAGCUUCCGGUCGAUGA